GCCAGAGCGAAAGGCAGCCGAGUGUGCCGACAACAGGGGAACGAUCCGCGGACAAACGAUGUUUUUCGUGCACCGAAAUGUUUCUCUGCCAGAAGGUUCACGAUUUUAAAGCGUACUGUUCAAUCAGUGCAUUAUUCACUUAAAGACGGAACGGAGAGUGCAUUGUUGCUUUUGCGGAGCUUUGUGACUACCUCACGAGGGAUUGUCCAACGACAGUAUAUGAGAGGCUCCCUCCCUGUUGUCCUGACAUCACAGAACAUUAUAGUGAGAGACCUGAGGAAAGAGGCUAGCUACUUUACAAAUCAUUGUUACUGGUUCAAGCCCUAAAACUCACAACACACUGUUGGCUCACAAACAGACUUCAAAGUCUUAAAUUCAACCAUCGAGGCACACUUGUAUCAGGAUCGUAACACAGAGAUUUAACUCAGACCAGGGCAGGAGCCUUUUUCUCAUUCAUUGAAUUGUGCUGACUAACACACACACACACACACACACACGACACUGUCCUACAAAAACCGCCUUGCAGUAGUCAUGGAUGACCAGCAGGAGGACCCAGAGGGCAUGUACGACGUGCAGCACCAGUACAUGUGUAGCGAGUGCCACCAGCUCUUCAACACCCUAGAAGAAGUGCUGAUGCACCAGCAGAUCCACACAGGGCAGGAGGGAGAAGAGGGGGAGGCUGGGGAGGCCAUGGCCAUCCAGGGCAUCUCAGAGUACGGGGACAGCCAGUACCAGUGCCUGGAGUGUGGUGCCCUCCUCAGGAACCCAGAUGAACUGCUACUGCACCAGGAGCUGCACAUGAGAGAGGCAGGGUUGGAGACAGAGGACCAUGAACUGUGUGAGGUGUUGGAGACAGAUGAGGCAGGGACAGAGGGCCAGGUGUCGGGGCCUGUCCAGUACCAGUGUCUAGACUGCCUGGCCCUGUUUGACUCUCCAGAGGUGUGGCUGGCUCACAGACAGACCCACAGCAAGAGCAGCACACACAGUGCCACAGAGACUGAGUAUGUGUUGCAGCCCGAUGGUACUGUGACACCCUUGGUCAGUGUUCAGAACUUUGUCUUGAGUGAACAACAAGCUGGGGAGAUCUUAGCACAGGUCCUGGCCCAACAACAACAGCAGCAUCAGUCUACCCCCCAGCCCUCGACCCCCUCCCGGGCCACCUUCCUACCCCCCGUCUCCUCCCUUCCCGGCUCGGCCACCAUGCGUCUCCAGAUCUGCAGUGCCCAGGCCCUGGCCGAUGGAUCCAGUACCCCCGGCCUACGGCGCGCCAAGCUGCUGCCCCCUCUGCUCACUCCUCUAGGGGUGGGCUCGGUAGGAAAGCUGGGGGUCCCGGAGAACGGCCUCCAGAGACUGGAGGUGGUGCUGUCUGCUGUCCGGGAGGAGAAAGAGCAGCAGGGGGAGGUGGUGAUCUUCCACCCCUAUGAGUGCUCCGAGUGUGCCCUCCUCUUCCAGACCCCAGAGGACUUCCUGCAACACCAGGGGGAGCACUUCCUGGCCCAGGAGAAGGAGAGCGGUGAGGAUGGGGUGAUGAUGGGAUACGAGGAGGACAGAGGGAGGGAGGAGGAGAGAGGGGAGGAGAAUGGGGGGAGGGUGGCAGAGGAGAGGGGGAAGGGAACGGGGAGACGCGCCCUGGCUAAAAGAUCUAGAAACACACCCCUAUGCCUGCACUGCAGCCAAUGCCAGCGUACCUUCACGUCGGCCAAUCGGCUGGCGGCACACAGGCGUGUGCACGAGCAUGGUACAUACGAGUGCCGGGAGUGCGACAAGGUGUUUAAGAAGGCGAUGUCACUGCAGACACACAUGCGCUCUCACUCCGGGGAGGCUCGGUAUCUGUGUGUGGACUGUGGUCACGGCUUCAACACAGAGAUGACCCUCAUCAUACACAGGAAGUCUCACACAGCAGAGCCGCUCCACAGGUGUGAACACUGUGCCAAGACCUUCACCAAUAUGACCAAGUUCCUGUACCACCGUAGAACACACACCAAAACAGCCACCACUACACCUACCCCUGUCGUCCUGGUCCCAGCGGCCCCUAGGAGGAUGUCCCUGUCAGCCCUGUCCAUCCUUCAGAGAGCCCGGGCCCUGAGGGAGAGGGGUGAGGGCAGCCCCAUGGAGGGGGACGAGGAGAACCUGAUGGCCCCCCUUACUGAGGCUGAGAUGGAGAUAGGCGAGUCGGGGGAGGACACUGCCUCCAGCUCUCUGAGCAGGGCAGAGGGAGAAAAGGAGAACCGGGUGGAUGUGGAGGGGACACCAAGGGGCAAUGGAGGGUCCCAACCGGGAGAACAUACUGCUGAUCCUGGUUCCUCUACUGACCCUAACCUCGCUGGUCCCUGGGGCGCGUUCCCCUGCCCCUCCUGCCCUCAGGCUUUCCCCUCCCUGCUCCGCCUGGUCAAACACCGCCAUACGGCCCACGUCUCCGAGCGACACUUCAAGUGCUCCGUCUGCACCAAGACCUUCAAGAAGCAGAUGCACCUACGCAACCACCUGCGCACACACACCGGCGAGCGGCCCUUCCAGUGCUCAGACUGCGGAAAGACCUUCUCGUCCCUGGCCAACCUGUCUCGCCACAACCUCACCCAUUCUGGCGUGCGCCCCUACCGCUGCGACAUCUGCCACCGGACAUUCACCCAGUCAUCCAACCUCAGGCAGCACCGCCUACUCCAUGCCAACCUCCCUCCCUGUCCCUGCCCGGACUGUCCCGCCACCUUCGUACGGCCGGCCAAGCUAGCCGCCCACCGCUACACUGUUCACCCGGGGGCCCCAGCCCCGUUCUCCUGCCCCCAAUGCCAGGCUGGCUUCCUGCACAGGAGGAAGAGAGACCGCCACUGUCAGGAGGUCCACCCCACUGAGGCCCAGGAAGACAGAGCGGGAGGGUUAGAGAGCCUGCCCCAAGUGUGCCCUGACGGGGAGCCCCUCUCAGAGCCCUCCACCUCAGAAGACACCAGGACCACCAGCAUCAUGAGAGGGGGCCUGGACUGCACUGUGUGUGGGAAGAAGCUCAACUCUGCAGCCAACUGGCGUCUGCAUCAGCUGAGCCACGGCCUGGUUCCUGGUCGGUCCUGUGGUGGUGUAGUGGCCAGGGGUAAAUCCCACCAGUGCCUAACCUGCGGUAAGCUGUUUGUCUCCUCCUCUGGCGUGACCUUGCAUCAGCGCAUCCACACAGGAGAGCGCCCCUUCCCCUGCAACCUGUGUGGCAAGCGCUUCCGGCAAAACACGCACCUGCGAGAGCACCUGCGCACGCACACAGGGGAGCGGCCGUUCCGCUGCGAAAUAUGUGACAAGGGCUUUGUCCAGAGCAUGCACCUGGCGGAGCACCGGCGUACGCACACGGGGGAGCGCCCCCACGCCUGUCUGGUGUGUGGCAAGGCCUUCAAGUCCUUCUCCAACCUGCGGAACCACAGGAAGACCCACGCACGCCAGCAGAGGCAGGAAGAGGUGGCUGCAGCACAGGUUGCCAUGGAGACCAGCGCCGCCGUGGCGCUAGUGGAGGCAUCCCAGGUGGAACUGGCCAAUGGGCAGCCUCAGCUGAUCCACAUACAGACGUCGACCCUACAGCAGACCCAGGGUACUCCCACCAUCAUGUGUAAUGAGUUUGGGGAGACCAUCGCCAUCAUAGAGACCAGUGAGGGAGGAACCCUACCCCUGGCUGAGGCUAUAGAGAUCUACCACACAGCCCUGGAGAACAGUCUGGGGAUGGACUCCAUCACUGUAGACAGUCUACAGCUCAUCUAACAGUCUGGGGAUGGACUCCAUCACUGUAGACAGUCUACAGCUCAUCUAACAGUCUGGGGAUGGACUCCAUCACUGUAGACAGUCUACAGCUCAUCUAACAGUCUGGGGAUGGACUCCAUCACUGUAGACAGUCUACAGCUCAUCUAACAGUCUGGGGAUGGACUCCAUCACUGUAGACAGUCUACAGCUCAUCUAACAGUCUGGGGAUGGACUCCAUCACUGUAGACAGUCUACAGCUCAUCUAACAGUCUGGGGAUGGACUCCAUCACUGUAGACAGUCUACAGCUCAUCUAACAGUCUGGGGAUGGACUCCAUCACUGUAGACAGUCUACAGCUCAUCUAACAGUCUGGGGAUGGACUCCAUCACUGUAGACAGUCUACAGCUCAUCUAACAGUCUGGGGAUGGACUCCAUCACUGUAGACAGUCUACAGCUCAUCUAACAGUCUGGGGAUGGACUCCAUCACUGUAGACAGUCUACAGCUCAUCUAACAGUCUGGGGAUGGACUCCAUCACUGUAGACAGUCUACAGCUCAUCUAACAGUCUGGGGAUGGACUCCAUCACUGUAGACAGUCUACAGCUCAUCUAACAGUCUGGGGAUGGACUCCAUCACUGUAGACAGUCUACAGCUCAUCUAACAGUCUGGGGAUGGACUCCAUCACUGUAGACAGUCUACAGCUCAUCUAACAGUCUGGGGAUGGACUCCAUCACUGUAGACAGUCUACAGCUCAUCUAACAGUCUGGGGAUGGACUCCAUCACUGUAGACAGUCUACAGCUCAUCUAACAGUCUGGGGAUGGACUCCAUCACUGUAGACAGUCUACAGCUCAUCUAACAGUCUGGGGAUGGACUCCAUCACUGUAGACAGUCUACAGCUCAUCUAACAGUCUGGGGAUGGACUCCAUCACUGUAGACAGUCUACAGCUCAUCUAACAGUCUGGGGAUGGACUCCAUCACUGUAGACAGUCUACAGCUCAUCUAACAGUCUGGGGAUGGACUCCAUCACUGUAGACAGUCUACAGCUCAUCUAAAGGCCAGACAGAGACAACUCAGAACCAUGACCGGACCAUCAGAUAACCCUCACAGAACCCUCACUCGACGAUCUAGAUAUUCUGAGGGUCAAAGAGAGACGACUCAGAACGGUCAUAGAACCAUCAAACAAGCCUCACAGAGUUAUCGACAGCUACUGAGAGCCAGCGAGAGGCUCAACUAUCGGAGAACCAUGACAGAACUACCUGUGUGGGCUGUGGGAGUGUACUGACUCUUGACUGGCAGAGAGCAUGUUUUACUAACAUCCUAUUGGGGCGAAUGUAUGGGGAGCAGUAGAAGAUUCAACUGUGAUCUAGUGAACUACAGCAGUGUAGGAACACUGGUCUGGUUGUCAUUGUUGAGUACAAAAACGAUUGUCUACAAUUGCAGCAGGCAGGACAACAGUAGGUGUUCAUUCACUCAUCCAGACCAAAUGUGUUACGAUCUCAUGUUCAGAAAGACAGGGCAGAGCCGGUCAGUGGUGGUGGAGAGGUUGUUGUGACAGACGUGAAUCGAGGGCCAUUUCCUGUGUUUGUCAUGUUCUUGACUGCCCAUGGAUGUUCGUUCAGUGCUUGUCUGUAAUAUGUGAUUUUUACUUUGAAAACAAUGACUGUUCCUCUUUUUGUUGUGAACAGAUAAAUUAAUGAUAUUUGAUAAUA